GUCCUAACCCUUAGCUCUCAGAGUUUGAAAGAAAGAGAGAAAGAAAGAAAGCGAGGUUCAACAACAGGCAGCGGCCGUCCCGUUCCAGACACAAUAAUAUAUAGAAUAGGAUACUAAACGCAGGAAAAAUAGAGAAAAGGACUCUUGCUAGUUUGGUCAACGCGUUCUUCCAAAGAUGCGAUAUUUGGAGAUCUCUGGAUUGAAAUCUGAUGGCGAUUUGGUGCCGCAGGACAGAGAGUUGAAAAAUGACAUUCCCCUAAAGAGAGUAGGAGCCACUGGUAUUAUUAAUAGGGAUGACACAGAGGGCUACUACGAAGAAACAGCAGCGUUUCUCAUGACCAACUCAGAACCUUUCGAGGUUGAACAAUCUGCAGUUCCUGAUCAGGAACCCUCCAAAAGAACAGGGACAGUAUGGACUGCAACAGCACAUGUAAUAACAGGUGUGAUAGGGGCAGGUGUCUUGUCACUUGCAUGGAGCACUGCCCAGCUAGGCUGGAUUGCAGGUCCAUUGUCCAUGAUAUUCUUUGCACUCAUCACCCUUUUUUCCACUCUCAUCCUCUGCGAGUGCUACUUGACUCCUGAUCCCGAGAAGGGUCCAAUUAGGCACCCUUCCCUCACCGGAGCGGUCAAAUUCUUCUUGGGAGAGAAGAGACAGAAGAUAUGUGCACUUUUUGUGCUGGAGAGCCUAUAUGGCACUGCUGUUGCAUAUACCAUUACGGUAACCCAAAGUGUUAGUGCAAUAGAGAAAUCCAACUGUUAUCACAAAGAAGGGCACGAUAGUAGUUGUGGACGUAUCCAUAGGAAUAUGCUCAUGCUAAUCUUUGGGGCUGUUCAGAUUGUGGUGUCUCAGAUACCAGAUUUCCAUAACAUGGCAUGGCUGUCUGUUGUUGCUGCUGUUAUGUCCUUCACCUAUGCUUUCAUUGGAAUGGCACUUGGCCUGGCAAAAGUCAUUGGAAAUGGAAUGGUCAAGGGCAGCAUUUCUGGAGUUUCAGCAAACAGCGGAGCAGAAAAGUCAUGGUUAGUGUUUCAGGGAAUUGCGGACAUAGCUUUUGCCUAUCCCUAUUCAGUUAUUCUUCUGGAGAUACAGGACACCUUGAAGUCACCUCCAUCUGAAGACCAGACAAUGAAAAAGGCCUCCAGGAUUUCAAUCGUCACCACCACCAUCUUUUACCUGUGCUGUGGAUGCUUUGGAUAUGCAGCCUUUGGAGACAAAACCCCAGGAAACCUCUUGACUGGAUUUGGCUUCUAUGAACCUUAUUGGCUUGUCGACUUCGCCAAUGCUUGCAUUAUACUGCACCUCGUCGGGGGAUAUCAGAUAUACAGCCAAGUAAUCUUUGCAAUGGUGGAAAGAUGGUUUGCUGCGAAGUACCCAGAUAGCACACUAGGAAGGAAUUUAGAGCUGAAGCUCCCUCUAUGUUCCAGAUUGGAGUUUAAUAUAUUUAGGCUUGUUUUCAGAACAGCAUAUGUGGUUUCUGUAACUGGAAUUGCAAUGCUAUUCCCUUACUUCAACCAAGUACUGGGGGUGUUGGGGGCCUUGAACUUUUGGUCUCUGGGGAUAUACUUCCCCGUGGAAAUAUACAUGGUGCAGAAAAGCAUUGGCGCUUGGACAAGAAAAUGGGUUCUUCUUGAGGCUUUUAGCCUCGUUUGCUUGGUUAUUUCAGUAAUGGGCUUAAUCGGCUCAGUUGAAGGACUGAUAAGGGCGAAGUUUAGAUGAGAAAAGUUUACACCGAAGUACUGGUGCAUAGUUGCAGAAAACAUGCCAUUUUUAUCUGUUUCUUUUUCUUUUUUUUAAAGAUUUUCCCAAUCUUUAAAUAUUCUUUAUUCAUAUUAAUCUUAAGUAGCAGGCACAGAGAAGGGUAGAUCAUCUGACAAAGAAAAUCAACAAUGAUUAUUAUUAGUUAGCUGUGUCAUUCAUUAUUACAACGAGUGAUCAAAUGCACACUCGAUGUCUGAUGUGUGUCCGAUCAAUAAAAUUUAUUGACUAAGUUGAGAAGACAUAGCGAAUCAAGCAAACAAGGAAAAAACCUUGACAUGGGUGAUGGAAAUCCACAAUCAGCCAGCAGGGGGGUUGUUGCAUCCAACGACGGAAAGGUGAAGAAGUCACGGCAAGGGACAAUCUCUGGUGCAAAAGAUUGGAAUGAAGGAGAUGGAGUGGGUUCCUUGUGGACUUUGUAGUUUACAUUUCAGUAAUUUUAUCCUAAUAGCAAUUAAAGUCCAAGUAAUAAACAUUAUAGUCUAUAUAACUAGUUGGGCAAUAUUAGAUUUAAGUGAUGUGUGUAGAAGGAUAAAGGAAGAAAUGCCUAGUCAAGUUGAGUAGGAUUUGUAGAGGAGAGCAUUUGAGAUAAUUUUUUGCUAUCAAUAAUACUGACUACUAUAAUUGAUUUGAGUAUUA